GAACUCUAACACCAUGCAUGUCCGCCCGCCACUCCCAUUUUCAAAACCCUAAACUUCUCCAAAGUUCCAAACCCUAAAUUCCCUCCCUUAUUUUCCCGCCUCCCAAACGUCCCUUAUUAAACACCAUAUCUCGGCUCCCAGUCUCCCACCACAUCCUGCUCUCCCCCUCUUUUCUUCCUGCAGAAUUUUCCUCGCAACAAUGAAACCCAAUUCAAGAUCGACGGCCACCACGGGGGGGAACGAGUGCUUCUACAGAUAUUUAAAGCCUGGUGCACUUGCCCAACUCAGAAACUCCAAAAUCAUUGGCAGAUCUCACAAACCCAUAUCGCUAACUCGUUUCUCUAUUCAACCAGUUGAUUCGCCGCACCCCCAUCCUCAGAUCUCCGUUGACCAAGUUCCUUGCCUCCUUAGCAAGAUCUAUGGUCCCCCAUGUCUGAAAAGAAAGAAGCUCAUGGCUGCUAGAUCUGUUUUCUGUCUCAAUCCGGGUCCUUCUACCCCUGUUCUAGACUCUAGUCACAGUAAUAACAAUAAUAACGAUUCUUUAAUUCCUGUGUUAAAUAAUGAUGCUUUGAUUGCUCAUUGAAUAUUAGAUAGAUGAUCUAAACAGUUAUUCAGUUUUGUUAGUGUAAAUUUGCUUCUGUUUGAUGUAAAUGCUCAUAGUUGAGUAUUUAAUUUCAUAAUAAAUGCUGAUUAAGGCUUACAAUUA